GAAGGUCUUGCCUCCAGUCCCUGUCAUGGUGGCCGCACCCCCUCCACCUGGGGACGACGACGAUGACGACGAUGACGACGACCUCCGACUGCCUGGGGAGGCACAACCCAUGCUCAUCAUGGAGGCACAGCCCAUGCCCAUCAUGGGCUGCGAGGGACCUCCUCAGAGUCUGCCAGCAUCGAGCCUCUUCUCCGCCAGGGAGUGGGAGGAGGAGGAGGAGGCUGAGGAGAAUGACAUUGCGGGGUCCUUCGUCCUCGACGAGGAUGAGGAGGCAGGCGACUUGGCGUCGGAAGACUGUGCCCUUCCCGCUGCGCCGGCGGACAAAGCAGAACCUUCCGCAGCGGAUCUGGACCUCGACAUGUUUGCCGACAUGUGA